AGAGACUCAGGAGGGUGCAAGGAAGUGUCUUAGCUGAGCUGGGCUAGGACGGGAAGGUUGAGGGGAACUGCCUGAGAAGCACAUCCUCCUGGGUCUGAGCUCCCAGAGAGGCUAGUUCUGCAUGCCGGGAAGGGCUCUAAGCACCCACAGACCUCUUACUCUGAGGUUCAAGCCAAACCUUCACGGUGCUUGCUGAGUUGGUGACCUAACUGGAACUGGUGUCCCUGGGACUCACUACCCAGCUUCACUCCAUUCACUACCAUGGAAGAUGAUGGCUACAACUACUAUGGGGCUGACAACCAGUCUGAAUGUGACUACGCAGACUGGACGCCCUCUGGAGCUCUCAUCCCCGCCAUCUACAUUCUGGUUUUCCUUCUAGGCACCACAGGCAAUGGCCUGGUGCUCUGGACCGUGUUUCGGAGCAGCCGCGAAAAGAGACGCUCAGCUGACAUCUUCAUUGCCAGCCUGGCAGUGGCUGACUUGACCUUUGUGGUGACUUUGCCACUAUGGGCCACUUAUACCUACCGGGAGUUUGACUGGCCUUUUGGAACCUUCUCUUGCAAGCUCAGCAGCUACCUCAUCUUUGUCAACAUGUACGCCAGUGUCUUUUGCCUCACCGGCCUCAGCUUUGACAGAUACCUGGCCAUUGUCAGGCCAGUGGCCAAUGCUCGACUAAGGCUGCGAGUCAGCGGGGCAGUGGCCACAGCAGUCCUGUGGGUGCUGGCUGCCCUUCUAGCUGUGCCUGUCAUGGUGUUCCGUUCCACAGACAUCCCAGAAAACGGCACCAAGAUCCAGUGCUACAUGGACUACUCUAUGGUGGCCACUUCAAAUUCAGAGUGGGCCUGGGAGGUGGGCCUUGGGGUGUCGUCCACUGCUGUGGGCUUUGUGGUGCCCUUCACUAUCAUGCUGACAUGUUAUUUCUUCAUUGCCCAAACCAUUGCUGGCCAUUUCCGAAAGGAGCGCAUCGAGGGCCUGCGGAAGAGGCGCCGGCUGCUCAGCAUCAUCGUGGUGCUGGUGGUGACCUUUGCCCUGUGUUGGAUGCCUUACCACCUGGUGAAGACUCUCUACAUGCUGGGCAAUUUGCUGCACUGGCCCUGUGACUUUGACAGCUUCCUCAUGAAUGUCUUUCCCUAUUGCACCUGUAUCAGUUAUGUCAACAGCUGCCUCAAUCCUUUCCUCUAUGCCUUCUUCGACCCCCGAUUUCGUCAAGCCUGCACCUCCAUGCUCUGCUGUGAUCAGAGCGGGUGCAGAGGCACCCCUCACAGCAGCAGUGCCGAGAAGUCAGCCAGUUAUUCUUCUGGGCACAGUCAGGGCCCUGGCCCCAACAUGGGAAAGGGAGGAGAGCAGAUGCAUGAGAAAUCAAUUCCUUAUAGUCAAGAAACCCUUGUGGACUAGGGCUGGAACCAGAGGGAAGCCUGGUGCCUCAGGUCUGACCCAAACUUUAUCCAACCGCUCUGAGAACCAGGUAGCAUGGCUGUACCCUCUCCCUGACUUCUCACUCCAUUCUCUGCCCACCUCCAAGCUCUGCCUUGCCCCUCUCUUCUCAGAUGUUUGUGGUUUAGUGGAAAGGGAUGGAGCCGUGCAAACAGCUCAGCUCUUCAAUAUUGGUUGACUUUGCAUAAAUCUCUUAACUUCUUUAAACUUCAAUUUCUUUGUUUGUAGUAAAUGGGGGAAGGUUAUAUGGACCCUAAAAUGUUGAAGUGUGAGUCCUGACCUAAUUUGUUUCUUUUGGCUGUUUUUUUUUCCCUCAGCUCUCUAGCCCCUCCUUUUUGUUUUCUCUGCUGCAGAAAUUGUUUUUGUCAACUACUCACUUUCUAGAUCUAACCCUUUCUCUUCUAGUGGGUUCCUCCCCAUCAAACAUUCCUGCCUGUACCCCAGCACCUUCUUUCAUGUUGGGCUCUUAAGGGUUAAGAAUCCUGAACCUUGCAGGGUAACUUAUCCUUUGAGUUCUUAUCCAUUUUCUGAGAGUCAGAGGGUGGCUGUAUGUAGGCAAAGAAUUAGUGCUCUGGUUCCCAGAGCCAGGAGCUCUGGAUCUUUCCAAAAAGUUGGAUCAGUUCAUUGUUGGUCCAGACACUAGGACUAGACGGAUUUUUGAAUAGAGAUUUCUCUUUGACAGAGUCUCUGUGAUGCUUAGGGAAGAAUGCAUCCUACCAAUAACCCAGUAGCCUUCCCAUCAUUUUUUAAAAAUUGUCUGUGAGAAUUGCAAGGCAACAGGACUGAAGAAGCUGUGGAUUGUCCCAUCCCUAUGAAGGGGGAGUUGGGAAGGGAAAAACAGAGAAAGGGUUAGAGGGGAAUCCAUAUUUAGUCUGUAUGCUGCUUGCCUCCCCUCCCCCACCCUCAUCACUCCACCUCCUACAGAACUGUGAACUGUAGAGCAGAUCCUUCUCCUGUCUCCUCCCCCGCCCCACCAUAUCUAUAGGUUUUGGUGCUACUUGGUACCAAGAGUUGUUAGAUAAGGCUAUUUGCUUUUUGUCUGUAUGGGUAUAUAUAAAUGUAUACACACACACACACACACACACACACACACGAGUAUCACAUAAACUUCAUUGAUAAAGGACUGGGGUGACCCCCCACUCACUCUCUCCUGUGCCUCUGUAGGUCUCACUGUCCACUUGGGGAAGAAUGGACAUAUGGAGGGAGUGUAGAAUAGAUAUGGGCCCACCCCCACUGGAUUUGGGAAACUCCGACGGCUGGUCCGUAUUUAGGAGAGAGGUAUAUGUUUGUGCUAGGCUUUCUGUAGGGAACUGUUUCCUCAGUAGCAUCUGGUCCUAAGGCUGAAGAAGUCUGGAGCUGGGCCCCAAUUCCUCUCCCAGUUCCACAGUGGCAAAUCCAGAUUUACAGACUAUAUAGUACAGCCCUUCUCCUCGCUCCCUCCUGGCCUCUGACUUAUUUCUCACCCCUCUCACUCUCUUCAGGGGUCUGUGGUCCUCUUCCUAAGGAGGUUUAUUCUCCUUUCCAUCAGGACUGAGCCUCUUGGCUCCUCUGGCUCCUUUAGCAGGGAGUAAUGUUGGAAAAGUGUGACUGGAGCCACUGUGUGGGUCUCAAGGACAAAAUUAAUAGUGGGGCCUUUGUGAGCUGGAAAUGGGUGUGCGUAUUCCGGGUUUUGUUCUUGGAGAGCUCUGGAAACCGAGGACAAGACAUAUGCCAUGGAAACAGGAAGAGCCUGGCUUGAUGCAGUUGGACCAUCUCCGGCAGAGAUUCUGCUCCUGGGGCAGAAAAGGGGGUUGUGGUGGUGGGGGAUGGAGAAAACAGCUUCUCUUAGCUGAGCUCUGCAUGUCUCAGGCCAGAAACUUUCACACAGCUACUUUCUCUGCCAGGCCAUCUCAAAGCAGCCAGAACAAGCUGCAGGAGGCUUCUGGGAGACAGGAAACUCAACCAUGGCAUGGGACAGAUAGCAGAGGAGGCAGCCUCUUUUCCCCACCCCCACCCCUUCUUCAGAAUGUGCUUUUUUUUUCUGAUCUUGUUAGUCACUGUGGUUCAUCAAAUAAAACUGUUUUGUGUA